AUGCGUUGUAUACUUAUUGUAUCGCUAUUCCUCUUUCGUCUCACCAUCGGCUUUCCGAUUGAUCAAUACCCUAUAGCAGAGACCGCAAGACCUGUGGUGAUUUGGCAUGGACUCGGCGAUAACUGGAAUUCCUCAGGAAUACAUCGAGUUGAGGAGAUCUUUGCCUCAUAUUAUCCUGGGAUCAGAGUUCACUCAAUUUCACUAAACGAUGAUCCACUGAAGGAUCAACAAAGGUCGAUGUUUGGUGAUGCCAACAUCGACAUUGAACAGGUUUGUGACACGCUAACCAAUAUUGACUAUCUUUCGAACGGGUUCGAUGCCGUUGGCUUUUCUCAAGGAGGUGUACUCAUGCGAGCAUUGAUUGAGCGUUGUGCCUCAGUCAAGGUGAUAAACUUCAUUUCGUUUGGUUCUCCUCAUAUGGGUGUUAGUGAACUUCCGCUUUGUGAUGACAAAGAUUGGCUCUGUAAACGCCGAAACGCUCUAUUGAAAAAGCAAAUAUGGUAUGACAGUGUUCAAAAACGUGUCAUUCCGGCACAGUACUUUCGAGAUCCCAGACAAUAUGAUAAAUACCUUGAACACUCGAACCUUUUGGUUGACAUCAACAACGAGCGUGAGGACAUCAAUUCGACUUAUACCGAGAGAUUCUCUGAAAUCAACAAGUUAGUAUUGGUGUCAUUUCUCCAAGACACUACAGUGGUCCCCAAACAAAGUAGUAUGUUUGGUGACAUGGAUUACUUCGGAAAUGAAAUCAAUUGGCGUGACACCAGACUAUACAGAGAUGACCUCAUUGGCUUGCGCAAAUUGGAUCAAGCGGGUAAGGUUAUCAUGCUAGAGAUUGAUGAUGAACACAUGCGUAUACCUGAAGACAUGAUCCAUCACAUUGCGAAAACAUACAUCAAUCAUUGA